GGGAAAAACCAAAGCUGGCUGAACCAGUCUCUGAGCCUAGUAUAAGGCCAAAGCAGACAAGAGGGCUUUGUAUUUGGACAGAAUUUUGAACCCCUGUAAUUAAUUCAACCCUCAGUGUUACUUGUUUGAGUUUAGUUUCCAUAUAGUUACAAAUUGAUGGUGCAUAAUAAACCCUUACAUAAGUUUUCUGUACUUUGAACUCCCAAGAUACAAGAUAUUUUUUAUCUCUCGUGAUGUCUUGUAAAACAACCAGGAAGGAAUUAAAUGCAGCUAGGGAGUGGUUUUCUAGUUAUGACUAAUAGACAGACCCAAGGACUAGAUCAUUUUGUUGAUGAAAAGUAAACGUAAGAAAUCACUGAUAUCUUAAGAAAUAGUGCGAGAAAUUAAAGUGUUUUUUUAACUUUUUAUCUUUGAAUAUGCAUUUAUUCAUCAAGUGGACACCUAUGAUCCAGGCACAGUGUUAAGGACUGAGUAGUCAAAUAUAAACAGCGUGGUACCACGUACCAUGGACUCACAGUUGAAUGGAAGAGACAGUCAGGCUUUUAUUUUAGGGGUGCCUAAAAAGUUGGUAGCAGAAGUAUCUUUUCUCAAAGGAAGUAUCCCUUUACCUCAUUAGCAAAUAAGGGAACGUUUACUAGGUAGAAAAGAAAAUAAAGCCAUUCCAAAGGGAAGCUGACAGUAAUCUCUAGUGGGAAAGCAUGGCACCAUUUGGAAGUAGCUUGGGAGAGGUGACUAGAUAUGAAAGUAGGGAAGGUUGGCACAUAACAAGAAUACAAGCAGUAAUGUUUUGAGCAGCGGAGUAAUUGUAAUCAAAUCAAAAUUUUUCAAAGAUGAUUAGUUCUAUUUGAGGCAGAGGCAGCUAAUUUAUAUAUGAGACUGGAAAACCAAUUUGAAGUUGGCUACUCACUUUCCAUCAGAAGAUAUUCUCCUGGUAACACCUUUUCCUGUUAUUAAAGCAGUUACCAAUUUCAAGCAGAUUUCUAAAAUAUUGGAAGAAUUUGAUGUUGAAGAACAAUCCAGUACCAUGUUAGAAAAUCGUUUUCCCAACAUCAAGGUGAUAGAAUCUGGAGUAAAGCAACUAAAGAGUGAAGAACAUUGCAUUUUAACAGAAGAUGGCAAUCACCAUUUAUAUAAGAAACUCUGUCUCUGUGCUGGAGCUAAACCAAAAUUGAUAUGUGAAGGAAAUCCUUAUGUAUUAGGAAUUCGUGAUACAGACAGUGCCCAGGAAUUCCAGAAACAGCUGACUAAGGCUAAGAGAAUAAUGAUCAUAGGGAAUGGUGGUAUUGCACUUGAAUUAGUAUUUAAAAUUGAAGGGUGUGAAGUGAUUUGGGCCAUUAAAGAUAAAGCUAUAGGGAACACUUUCUUCGAUGCAGGAGCAGCUGAAUUCUUGACUUCAAAGCUCAUUGAUGAAAAGCCAGAGGGCAGAGUUGCACAAAAGAGAACCAGAUAUACAACUGAAGGAAGGAAAAAGGAAGCAAAAACCAAAGCAGAAGCCAAAAAUGUAGGCAGUGCCUUGGGACCAGAUUGGCAUGAAGGCUUGAAUCUUAAAGGAACAAAAAAGUUUUCUCAUAAGAUUCACAUUGAAAAUAUGUGUGAAGUAAAGAAUAUCUACCUUCAGGAAGAAUUUAGAAUUUUAAAGAAAAAGUCUUUGACUUUUCCAAGAGAAGAUGAUAAGUCAGUUACAUCUGAUAAGGAGAUGUGGCCGGUGUAUGUAGAAUUGACGAAUGAAAAGAUCUAUGGCUGUGAUUUCAUUGUCAGUGCUACAGGAGUUACACCAAACAUAGAACCUUUUCUCCAUGGCAACAGUUUUGACCUAGGGGAAGACGGUGGCCUGAAAGUGGAUGACCACAUGCGUACAUCCCUUCCUGACGUCUACGCGGCAGGGGACAUCUGUAGUGCAUCCUGGCAGCCUAGCCCAGUCUGGCAGCAGAUGCGGCUGUGGACUCAAGCCAGACAGAUGGGAUGGUAUGCAGCAAAGUGUAUGGCUGCAGCCAGUUUAGGAGAAUCAAUUGACAUGGAUUUCAGCUUUGAAUUGUUUGCUCACGUAACAAAAUUUUUUAACUAUAAGGUUGUAUUGCUGGGAAAAUACAAUGCACAGGGCUUAGGUUCAGAUCAUGAAUUAAUGCUGAGAUGCACCAAAGGACAAGAAUAUAUCAAAGUGGUCAUGCAGAAUGGGCGGAUGAUGGGAGCUGUCUUAAUUGGUGAAACGGAUUUAGAAGAAACCUUUGAAAACUUGAUUUUAAACCAAAUGAAUCUUUCACAAUAUGGAGAAGAUCUGCUAGAUCCAAAUAUUGAUAUAGAAGAUUAUUUUGACUAAGAAGAAAAUGCCUUCAAGAAUCACACGAGUGUCCAAAUGAGACGAGAAAAAUCACAAGUAAAUGAAAGGAAUGACUG